AUGGUGAACAUGACUGAAAGUGAACACCGCCAUCCAACUACGACACUUUAUUGCUCUAAUGUACAUGGGACGUACAAUGUUGUAUUUCUCGUAGCAUUCAACAUCAUUCUGUCCGUCGUUGCAUCACUGGGAAACUUCGUUAUCCUCGUUGCCCUCCACAAAGAGUCUUCCCUUCAUCCGCCAUCAAAACUGUUGUAUCGUUGCCUUGCCAUCACUGAUCUCAUUGUUGGCUUCGUUUCUCAGCCUCUGUUUGCCACCCAGUUGCUUUUGGAUAUAAACGAACGGCCACAUCUGUGCACCCGCCUUGGCAAGUGGGUGGAUGAGAUAAGUUUGGUUUUUAGCUUAGUAUCUGGCGUGAUAGUAACCGCCAUAAGUGUGGACAGACUUCUCGCUCUGUUGAUGGGCCUGCGGUACAGACAUGUUGUAACACUGAUGCGAGUUGGUAUAGCUGUAAGCUUUAUUUGGCUAUUGGGUGUAAUUUGUGCAUUUAUUGAUGCCUUCUGGCCUAUUUUGGGUUCCAUAAUUACUGGAUAUGUCAUUACUUUAGUCACUCUGACUUGCUUGAUAAUUUCAGCUUAUUGUUACACGAGGAUCUUACUUCGUCUCCGCCAUAAUCAAGCUCAAAUACAAGGCCACGUAGAGCAGCCAGCUGGACCCGGAAUUCCACUGAAUGUAGCCAGAUAUCGUAGGACCGUUUCUGCAGGGGCCUGGGUCCAGAUAACGUUAGUCGCUUGUUAUCUUCCCCGAUCAUUAGUGGGUCUUUUUGGGGCACUUUUCUCUCUCAGUGCAGUGUCUAUAACACUUGGUAUAAGAUGUACGACAUCUCUUGUGUUCUUAAAUUCGAGUCUGAACCCGUUCCUAUAUUGCUGGAAGAUGAACGGAAUAAGGCAAGCAGUGAAGGAUUUAAUGAAACAGUAUUGUUGUAAGUCAGAUUAAUUGGCGAAGCCACAAAGGUGAAGUUACAGUUUGCUGUCAUAAAUGGGAAUUCAGUUUUCAGCUUUAUAAGCCAGUCGACACUGGCUCGGUGGUCAACAGAAAAUAAUGGUACACAGUAGUCAAACAAUAGCCUUCACUUGACAGACCUUGCGCCUCUUAAAUGCACCCAUCCAAUUCAGAGCAGAUACAUUGAUGAAUUUUAAAUAGAGAGCUUUGUAACAGAAAUUAAAGUUCUGAGUUUGAGCACAGAGAGAAGAAGUGGAUAGUGUGUCGACUUACAUGGUGUAUUGUUUAGGUGAUGAAAAAAAAAUUAUAUCAUCAUAUAAUUCAAGCUUUACUUGAAAAGAGGAUAAGCCUUAAAACUGAAUAGAGAAUAUUAAUAUUAUUUGUUCAGUUUUAACCAGUUGUAUAAUCAUAUUUGCAGGACAAUAGUGAUGGAUGCAAUAGUCUGUAUUCAGUCUACAAAUUACUAAGCGAGUAGUGUGCCGGUUAGUAUUGCUUAUAAAUAAAAUAAAACGUUCCCUGAGAAUGUGAUGUACUUUUUGAGUCAUUUGUGCUAACCCAGGUCGUCACUCAGCACACUUCCUUGGUGCACCCUGUUUUGGCUGUCGCAUGAAGUUGACUCAACUACCAAUCAUAAAAAAGGUUUGCACCAUUACUAACCAAUAAGGAAUCGAAGUAAAAACAGGAAACCGGCUUGAAGCGCGGGAAAACGCGAGUGAGCAGGUUGGAAAUGGUUUUAGUUUUGCAUUUGAUUGGUUGAGUUGGUGGCACGGGUUUUUUCGACCAAUCACAGAGCGAAGUAAAGCAAGAUAACUAACAAUAUUGUAACUUAGUGAAUACUGAAAGAUUAGAGAGGAGAAGAGUAGAAAGGAAAAAUGCUAAUUAAUUUGGCAACAUGCCCGAAAUCAUCUUAAAAAGUAAAGAUUUGAAAAGUAUUUCAGAACGCACUCAAAGACUUUUGAGUGCGUUCAAAGACAAAGUUUUCUGAAAACAGUAUCUAGUUUCGAAUCGCCUAGAUGAAAAGAAAGAUGCUUGCAUGCGGUAUUUUCAAUGUAAUUAAAGUUCGUUGUGAUGUAUAUUAUUGUUUAGCUUAAUUUCAAAACUGGGUUGGUAAUUCUAAGGGAAGACUGACAGGUGGCAGCCGCACUGGAGUUGCAGAUAAGCUCUGACUAAUUCACGUCUAAUCUGCUCUCAAUUCAUCAGCAGCAGGUGAGUAAGUUAAAAGUUACUCAAUUUGAGUUGAAAGCAGAUUCUAGUGGAGAAUAAUUGCGCGCUGAAUUCACGGUAUUCAUACCAAAAGAAUGUGAAGAUUUACGCUAUAAAAGUACCCGAAAAUGAAACUUCGGAUUUUCUACACGUUUCAACAAUUCUCCGUAACAUAAUUCAGUAUUAGCAGUGCUAAAUGACAGCUGUUUCAUUUUCAUCAGCACGAUCUUAAUUAUAAAGGGCAUAGACACAAAGCGCGGGGGCGCCGUGCUGACAAAAUUUGUUUGGUUCUUCCAACAAUUUCGAUAAAAUUUGCUUACGCCAAAUUUUCAAAUUGUCACUUUUAGGUGUACUGAAAGACGGGAAAAUAGUUGUUAACCACAAAGUGUCAAUCACAUGGAUGCGCAAAUUUAAAAGUACUAAGAUCCGGAGAUGCAGCCGAGCGAACACUUGGGAGCUGUAUUCUGACUAACCUGAUUACUGAUCGUCGUGCGUGUAGCAUCCCGAGGUAGCAAUCUUUUACCUUCAUCGUUUGAUUCCCGCGUAAAAUGAAACAUUUUGGCGGGCCUCUUCCUAGAAGAUUCACAUUUUAAUAGCGAGAUCGAAUUUUCAUGAUUGACGUUUUUAUUCAAACCGUGGCUUGUAAAUUGCAAAAUCUGUUCUCAGUAAUUUAUGACCUGCUCCGAGGCAAGAAGACGGCGCCUUUGAAAAUAAAAAUUAGCUGGGAAAAAAAUAACCGGUUGCGUUUGUCUCACGGAAAUGAUGAAAAGUUUUUUCGCAACUUCGCUCAUGGUUAAGUCUCUAUGGCUCAGUGGUUAGAGCAUCGGAGCGCGGAAUCCGAAGGUCUAAGUUUCGACUCCAUGGGGACUCAGACUUUUUUCUUUGUCCCACGUUCGUGACAAGACCCAAAAAAAAAACACCUUUCUCGAUAAUGAAAAAAUUUUCUGGAGCGCCCGGGCCCAUACUUCUUUCCUUUUCCCUUUUUGAUCUUUUCCAAAUCUUUUCCAGGAGCUGAAUACAUUCUUAGAAGAACAAAAGUAAGUAGAGGCAAUGUUAUUAGGUAAACGUUCGAAGUUGUCCCUCAGUGGAACGUUAAUGGAUAAUUACAUUGCAAAAUUUAGGGCUAGAGCGAAUGUAUUUCUUCUUUAUUCCGAGUCUUUCAAUGCUCAAGGCCUCAAUCUAUUUUCUUCACAUUGGGCCGCUUUUCAUUGUUAAUGAGACUUGAGUUUGCAACAUGUCACUCGAAUCAACAAACUCCUCUUAAAGGGUCUCAAUGAGGUGAUGAUCUUUACGGCUAACGAUUAGAAUUUUAUUGCGAACGGUCAGUUUAUUCCCGAUUUUAAAAAAGAAAGAUUUUUGCGGUUUACGUUUUUUUAACGACUUGCGACCAACUACAGUUUAUGGCUAAUUAUGGCCAUGUUAUUUCUGACCGUAACUUUUUUUCCGUUACAAUUAAAAGAAAUUUUUUUACGGUUUGCUUUUUUAACGACUUGCAGUUAAAUUUUGUUAAUUUUAAGGCUUAACUGCUAAUUUUUUGGCCGUUUUACGGUUAACCCCAUUGAAACCCUCGUCUUUAUUUAUUUGUGUGGAAUUGCUGAAUAUUAUAGUCACUAAUUACAAGAUCACACAGCUUAUUUUCACAGGCCCACGUUUUGCUGUUACCGAGAAAAUGCAAUUACAAAUUUGAAAAUUUUACAUACAGUUGAAUCGGUAAUUAUAAAUGUGUCAACCCUUAGUCUGGCUACUGUCCUUAAUUAAGAUUAUACGGACUGUCAAUUCUCUCAUGACUAGAAUUUUUCACUGCGUACAUUUUAGAACACUCACUUUUUAGCUAUUGAACAAGAUAUUUUUUUUUCUGAAUAAAACAUACAUUUCUCUUUUAUUAAAACAGACAGUUGCCAAUAUCUAAGUUAUCUUCGGUAACCUAAUUACUCUAUCUAAAUACACGUUUUGAGUUGUGGCGUAUUACAUCGAGCACUCAGAAUUCUUCUCAUCGCCGCAGAAUGUCACCACCUGCCUUGGAUUGAUUCCCGGAAAUAAAUAAAACAUUCUUUAUGAUAAUUGUGAAAUAAAAAAGAAGUCGAGAGAUGGUCGAUGUAAUUUCGUUGGUUUUCACCGGAGUGGAACUCCGAGAAGGCAGUAUGAUACUAAUAUUUCAGAAAUCAGAACAGACCCCAGUAGUAACCUACGGUAAAUGAGUUUGAAGAUAACAUGAAAACAAGGUGAUUACAGUUUAUUCAAGAAAUGAUUAUUUACAACUUAAAUUGAUUUUAAUGCAUUGAAUAUCAUUCAUUCAAACAAUCUCCUGGAAAAAGAGAACUUAUCUUUCUGACCAUCUUCAAGCGAGGCUUUGCGACUAUGUGAAAAAUGUUUAUACUUAUCUUUUUCAGUAUUUCAAGCUUAAUUCACAGAAGUAGAAUGGAGAUUCCUCGAUGGUUUAAGUUUAUUUUACUACUCUCAAUAUUAAGACAAGAGUUCGUUUCUGCUGAUAACAUUUGCCGAACAUUCAGUUUCCAUAUAAGACAGAACCUCGUCGCCGACCACGCCUUAGAGGGUCACGUGUUUAAAGUUGCAACAGUUACCACGAUUCCUGAAUGUCACAUCCUGUGCAUAAAUGACUGUCGUUGUGUCUCCAUGAACUACGAACAUAAAACUGCACAAGGAAACUGUCAAAUGAAUGAUGCGAACAGGUACAUGAAACCAGCUGCACUGAGAUACAAAUAUGGAGCAUUGUAUUACGAUCUUGUGAGGGAGUACUCCGUGUCUGAUGUAAGUGCAAGCUAACUAAAAGAACCUCCCUUACUCGCUGCGGAUUUAUUUUUUAAAACCUCUUUCAUUAUUAUUUAUUGUAUUUUCGCGUAAGUUUUCAUGGGCCACAUCGGAGUUCCAAAAACCUCAUUCUCAACCUAUGCCCACUGUUAAAGGGCCUUCUCCUUAGAGUGGGUUUCAGCUCCAUGAAAAUAGACAAAAAAAUUUCAUAGUGAAGGUAACUAACUAACUAUUGUACAGAAAGACAGGCUAUGUGUUGAUCUCGUGCGAUUCUUAAUUAAACCUAGAAGUUCUGUUCUUAAUCGUCGUGAUCUAUCAGUAUUUAAUAGGGAUUCUGAAUCAAAAAAAAUUUAAUUUUUCAGCGAACACGGUACAAUACUCGUGCGAACCUUAUCACUGAUAUCUCCUUUCUCAUUUGUUUUCAUCAGAAAGGAAGACCUUUGUCCAGUAAAACUGGCCAGUGUGUUAACAGAUGUUGCAAGGACAAUCCUUGUCUCCAGGGAGGGACCUGUCAGGAGAUUUGUGACCCUGCCACAGUGAGGUACAACUGCACUUGUCCUGCCAAUUACACUGGUCAGCAGUGCGAGAAAAUAAAGCAUCCUCGCAAUUGCAUGGAAGUUGCAAAAAAUGGCCAUAAUGUGUCUGGAAUGUUUGAUGUGUACGAUGCCCAGAAAAGUAUUUUUAGAGUCUACUGCGACUUGAACUCUGAGGUUGGGUAUGUUUGGACGCUGAUACAGUCCUAUUCGCUUGCAAACAACCACCAGUUUAAGAGAAGCGGCUUUAGUGUGGACCGCCCUGUAAACGAAGAGGGGAGCACCAUAAACUGGAGUGCCUAUCGCUUAUCUUUGGCUCAUAUGAAGUCAAUCGCUGAUGUUUCAACCCAUCUCAGAGCCACUUGCAACUUUCCAGCCGAUGGUCUCGUUCAUACUGACUACGCACGCGCAAAACUGGAAGGACAUGAUCUGUUUGGUGUAUGGAGAGCCAAGUGUCGCACAUAUGAACUUAUCAACAUACGGAACAUUGCUUGUCAGGGAUGCACAGCAGGUACUUGGCAAGCACCGAACGAGAUGUGGCACAUUAACAGUGCAGUUAGCGCCAAAAGUGGUGGAUGCCAAUUCAACGGCGAAGCAGGUGCAAGUCCCCAUGAACAAAACUUUGGCCUUUACAACUACGUCAGUCCAAACUUUCGAUGUACUUCCAGUCAAAGUUCCACAACACAACACUGGAUUGGGAAUAUUCACAUUUACCCCUAA